UCCCUCUCUCCUCGGUCUUUAUCACCCAACCACUCCCAUCUUUUCACUCUCUCACUCUCUCUCUGCCCAAAGUCCACUUUUAGUUCAACAUCUCACUCUCCACCCACCCACCCAAAUCGAAAAUCAACUAUUUGAAUCGAUUACUGGAACGAAAGCUUCAAUCUUUUGAAUCAUGGAAGAUUCAAUUUCAAAACCCACCAUCGAUUUCUUCAAUUGGGACUACCUUAGCUCAGACCUAACCGAACUCAUCCUCUCCUACCUCCCAAUUCGGUCCAUCGUUCGGUCCGCCGCCGUGUGCAAGCUCUGGCACUCCAUCAUCACCACCUCCUCCUUCUCCGCCCGCGUCUCCGCCGCCAAGAAACCCUGGUUCUUCCUCUACGGCCAAAACAACAUCUUCCUCAAGAACAACCAAGCUUUCGCUUUCGACCCAGAAGCCAACGAGUGGAUCAAACUCCCCAUCUCUCUCUUCCCUUUUCCCUCUUCCCAAGAAGAGUCCUUUAUCGGCUCCGGAGGCUUCUUCUUCACCACAACCUCUUCCAAAUUCAGCUACACUCCCAUUCUCAAAGGGGUUUGGCGUGAAACCCCUCCUCUCAGGUUCUCUCGCUGCAAUCCUCUCGUGGGUGUGUACACCGAUCACCCAUCUGGGUUGUCUCGAUUUAUUGUCGUUGGUGGUGUUAGGUUCAUUGGUGGGUUGGUUGAUAUUGAGGAUAGAUUAGCUGUUGAGAUAUACAAUCCCAAUUCUGAUUCUUGGGAGCUUUGUCCUCCUUUGCCUGCAGAUUUCAGGUCAGCAAAUUCGUCUCAAUGGUUGUCCUCUGCUUUGUUUAAAGGGAAAUUCUAUGUAUUUGGGAUUUGCUCAUGCUUUGUUUCAUCUUUUGAUUUGAACAAACACUUUUGGAGUGAGGUCCAGACACUUAGGCCUCCUGGGGUUUUGUUUUCAUUCUUGGUGUCUUGUCAAGAUCAACUUGUAUUAGCUGGAUUGUGCAAUGGCCCUCGUGGCCCGUCGUUUAAUUUGUGGAAGAUUGAUGAGAAAACAAUGGAGUUCAGUGAGAUAGCAAUCAUGCCUCAGGACUUACUUUAUUGUUUGUUUGAUAGUGAUGAGGAUGAUAAGUUUGCUAGCUUGAAAUGUGUUGGAUUAGGUAACCUUAUAUAUAUGUUCAAUGAAGAGCAUCACAGGAAUUACCCAGCUUGUGUUUGUGAGAUUAGUAGUGAUUCUGGUAAGUGCAGUUGGAGGAAGGUUCCGAAUUUGCCAGUACUGGCUAAUCGGUUCCACAAGGUUAUCAGCUUUUGUUCGACUGUUUCGCUUGAUAAUAUUCUUGGAGGUGAAGGGGAAGAACUUGGUCUGGAGCAGGCUAUUCAUUGACUGGCCAACUUAUAUGCUUGCAAAGAAGAUGUGCAAUAUUUAUGACAUUGGUGAAGGCCAUCUGGAAAGAAUAAGCAACUUGUGUUAGCAGUUCUGACAAUGGGCAUGCAAAUGUAAAACUAGGAGCAGGUCCUUGGUCUUGCACCGCCUUUGUUUGCUUCGCCAGGAGGUAUAAGUUUCCCAAUUUAACAGCUCGAUUAUUUUCAUAAGAGUGAUGAGGCCUUUGUAUCUCAGGGAUAUGAUCCAUCAGUCUCUCUUGUAUGAUUAGACUUGAAAUGCCCUCUUUGUAUUCUUUUUUUUUUUUUUUUUGGCUUUUGUAUUAAUGUAAACAUAUGAUUGCUUAUGAAUUUAAUCCUCAUAAUCAUUUCAUUUCAAA